CCACUGCUUUCGCGGCUGGAGGGCGCAUGCGCGGCCGGCCUGUCAGCGCAGAGUGGGCCAUGGCGGCGGGCGGCCGGAGCUGGUUCCGCGCCCUGGCGCUCGGCGUGUCCUUCCUCAAGUGCCUCCUCAUCCCCGCCUAUUAUUCCACAGAUUUUGAAGUACAUAGGAAUUGGCUUGCCAUCACUCACAACUUACCCCUCUCUCAGUGGUACUAUGAAGCAACUUCAGAAUGGACCCUGGAUUAUCCACCUUUUUUUGCUUGGUUUGAAUACGCACUUUCGCACAUUGCGAAGUACUUCGACCCCAAAAUGUUGGUUAUUGAAAAUCUAAAUUACACUAGUCGUGCAACCAUCUUCUUCCAAAGAUUUUCUGUCAUCUUUACAGAUAUCCUUUUCAUAUAUGCAGUUCGUGAAUGCUGCAGAUGUGUAAAUGGGAAACGAGCUGCAAAGGACAUCCUGGAAAAACCAACAUUUAUUCUUGCAGUUCUGCUCUUGUGGAAUUUUGGGUUGUUAAUUGUGGAUCAUAUUCACUUCCAGUACAAUGGCUUUCUGUUUGGACUGAUGCUUCUUUCUGUUGCUCGACUGUGUCAGAAAAGAUACUUGGAGGGUGCUCUUCUUUUUGCCCUUCUUCUGCAUUUCAAACACAUCUACGUGUACGUUGCCCCAGCAUAUGGCAUUUAUUUGUUGCGAUCCUAUUGUUUUACUGCAAAUAAUGCAGAUGGAUCCCUGAAGUGGAGAAGCUUCAGCUUUCUUCAUGUAACUCUUCUGGGAUUGAUUGUCUGUCUUGUUUCUGCUCUUUCGUUGGGCCCCUUCAUAGUGUUGGGCCAGCUGCCUCAAGUCAUUUCACGGCUUUUCCCUUUCAAGCGAGGCCUCUGCCAUGCUUAUUGGGCCCCGAACUUCUGGGCAUUGUACAAUGCCAUGGAUAAAGCACUAACCAUUUUUGGUUUAAAGUGUAAUUUUCUUGAUCCCACAAAAAUUCCUAAAGCCUCAAUGACAGGAGGGCUGGUUCAAGAAUUUCAGCACACUGUCCUCCCUUCUGUGACUCCGCUGGCAACGCUAAUCUGUACUUUCGUAUCCAUAUUGCCCUCUGUUUUCUGUCUUUGGUUUAAACCUCAAGGGCCCAGAGGCUUUCUUCAGUGCCUUGUUCUUUGUGCGUUGAGCUCCUUCAUGUUUGGCUGGCACGUGCAUGAAAAAGCAAUACUCCUUGCUAUUCUGCCCUUAAGCUUGUUGUCCGUUCAGAGAGCGAAGGAUGCUGGCAUCUACUUGAUUCUGACAACCACAGGGCACUUCUCACUUUUUCCAUUGUUGUUCACAGCACCAGAACUUCCAAUUAAAAUACUGCUUAUGCUGCUGUUUACUGUUUAUAGCUUCUCUUCAUUGAAAUCGCUAUUCAGGAGAGAGAGACCUCUCCUUACCUGGCUUGAAACGAUCUACCUCCUCCAGCUAGUGCCUUUGGAAAUCUUCUGUGAAAUUGUGUUUCCUCUGACACCGUGGAAACAGCAGGUCCCUUUUGUCCCUUUGUUGCUGACCUCCGUAUACUGUGCCCUGGGCAUCACAUACGCCUGGCUGAAACUCUACGUCUCUGUCUUGACUGAGCGAAUUUCUGUUAGACAAAAGGCCGAGUGAAGCUGCGGUGGUGGGACCGGUCCUGGGUUUGUGGGGAUCAUCUGGCACCGUGAGGUGUUCUCACAAGGACACACAACUCCUGGUAAGACACAGCGUACGUGUACCAUCGCCAUGAGGGGAGUUUUUCUCCCAACGCUUCUGUGCUGCCCAACGAGGAUACCUCUGAUCAGAAGCUCAUGUCGCAAUAACAUGAGGCGCAGCAAGAUGCCACUUGCCACGGAUAAACUGAAGUUUAAUGAGGUCCAGACUUCUGUCCUGAGGAAAACCUGCCCUGCCUUCCCAUUAUCCUUUGUAUCCAAAUAAAAAUUGGUGUGGCAAAUUACAAGGGAUCAUUGCUGUGUAGGAGAGUGUUGUGACUGCAUUCCGUGGAAUAUGUAAAUUAAAAAAAUGAUAUUUUUUGUUUGA